AUGCCGAUUUUCAACGACUGGGACUUUCCUUUACUCCCUUCUGAGGAGCAAAGGCGGAGGCUCCUUGCGCAUGAAGCUGCGGCGGCAUCACCCUCGAAAAAACAAAACUCGCAUGCGACAAUCAAAGACUUACCUGACGAGCUCAUCCUUGAGAUACUGGAGUACUUGUCAGAUACGGAAACCCACAAAAGAAAGAUUUCAAAUGCUCUGAGUUUGGCAUGCACGAGCCGUCGUUUUUACCGCAUUGCAAUCACAGAGGCUUAUGCGCUGUUCGACCCACGCUACUGCAACGCCUACCUGUUCCUCCGCACCUUGAUAUCGAAUCCGCAACUGGCCGCACUCGUACAGCACGUGAAGAGAAAUACCUUGGAGGACAAAUAUAAUCCGCGAUACGAACCAACAGCGCAGGACAAGAGGGUGAUCAAAAAGGCUGUGCAGGCCCUCGAAAUCCGCUAUUGGAGAAAAUGGGUAGACAAAUGCAACAACGACCCUGGAAGUUACGAAGUACUGACGGGCAUAAUCCUACUAUAUUUACCGAAUGUACAGACCAUCACGUAUACUGGCUAUGAUCGGUCCAAGUCUCUCGCGAACGCUCCCGACUGGUCAUUCUUUAUGAACGAAGCACUCGGUUGCGAAAAUGGGAAAAUCCAUCACUUUGAAAAUCUACAAGAAGUCACAGUCCAUGCAUUUGACUUGCAAUUGUUUACUCUCGCGCCUUUGUUCAGGUUUCAAUCAUUGCGCAUGCUACGGUUAAUAGGAAUCGCGGAGUUCCACUCUUCCCGUCGAGGAGAGAGCAAUGCUCGGACGCUUCGAGGAAUGAUAGACAAAAGGGAAAAUAAUAUCGAGACACUUUCUCUAAACGACUAUUUUUACACUAAAAGCUGUUUGGAUUUCUUAAUCUCAACUUCACGGCAUUUGAAGGCUUUUGAAUAUGCCAUAUCUGUGGACAUAGUACCGUGGUUCAAUGGAUCGCCCGUAUCUAUUCUUCGUAAGCUAGCCAAGAGUCUACGGCCUCAUCAGAAAUCGCUAGAAACUCUUACGGUUUACUGCGAGAUGGAAAUAGAAAGGAAAACGCCUGGCCGACUUCACAACCACAGCGGCCUAACCGAGUUUACAUCGUUGAAAGAACUCAGUUGCCCUUUGGGUACACUGGUAGCGGAAUAUGGUAAAGAGUUUAUAAAUGGACUACCGUUGUCGCUUGAGUCAUUCCGAACGCGUAUCCGAGCUGACCCAGAAGACCGCAACCACCUUCGUUCAUUAAAACACCUGUUGGCCAGCAGUGCGACUCAUACACCUAAGUUGCGUGAGGUUCGAGUGUUGUUACUACACUCUGACAAGAGACUUCUUGAGACACGUCUUUGGAAGCACCUUACUGAACUGGCUCGUGGCGCGGGGAUUAGCUUCGAGUAUGAUUUGGUAGAGGAUGACUUCUAUGGCGGAUAUACAGACGAUGAGAACACGUUUGGUUCCUCGGACGAGAUGAACAUAGACAGUGAUGAGUUCAACAAUGAGUCGGAUGAUGAUAGUGAAGAGGAUGAUUGCAGCAGUGACGAGUUUGAAGACUAUGAAGAUUUUGGUGGAAUUGACGGGUAUGGUGGAUAG